GACGAUACCCUAGGAGCACUGCCGGACGAUACCCUAGGGGCGUUGCCGUCAUAUACUAAGCAUUUCUUGCAAGCAAAAUUGUUUUUUAUGUAGAUGUAAGUUCUUCAUAUAACAAAUAAGGUUUAACACAUGCUCCAAGUACAUCUCCUGUUUGUUUCUCCUAAUCCGAUCUUGGCGAGAAUUCUGAGUUUUGGGAAAGCUGCAUUAUAAAUUUUCUGGAGAUACGAAAAAAGCUAAAACCUUUCUUAGUAUGGAUGAUAAUAAUGAUGAUGCUCCAUUAGAAACGUCAUUUAAGGAAUUUAAGAAAAAGAAAAUAUAUCUAACAGAAAACCUUAAAAGUGUUUAUCAAGACGGUAUUCAAUCGUUAAAACGUAAACAAAAUCGCAAGAGUGACCCUAGAUUUGACCCUAGAGUUGAUGGUAUUUGUCACGUUGAUGAUUGGGAAUUUUUAGAAGAUGAAAGAGCGAAAACCUUAAAAAAACUAAAAAAGAUGCUGCGUCAGAAUUUAGACCCGAACAAACGUAAGGAAGUGACGGAUGCGUUACAUUUGGUAAGACAACGAAUAGCCACAGCAAAAGAUAGAAAAUUCCGUAAGAAAUUCAUGGAUAAACUGCAGAAGGAACAAAUUGAAAACUUGGAAUCAGGGAGAUCUGUUCGUUUUAUUCCUCGAGCGGAACUCCGUAAACUUGUUCAGAAUGAACGUCUGGCACAAAUGAGCAAACGGCAAAAAGAGCGGUAUUUGAAUAGGAAAAAAAGAAGAUUUACUUCGGAUGAUAGAUAA